CGUCAGGUUCCCGUUUCAAAAGGGGCGCAUGAAGCCGCACAAAAUACCCUCCAAUUUCUUCUUUCGACCACACUUCCGCAACUCCUCAAACGUAUCUGCAAUCACCAGCAUUCUGAAUCGAAAUCGAACCCCAUCUCGACUCGAUCUGCCAGUAACCUAAAAAUGACGACAAUACCACCACUAAGACGCCACGUCUCCCAAUACCUGCACCGCCAUCACAGCAACCGCAUGAAACGAGUCGACAGCGCCCAAGACAUCAACGCGCCGAAAAUCUUCGAAGGAACAGACGCCGUAUCCUCUCGUCGGAGAGUCGCGCUCCAGCGCGUCAUCGAAGCCCAUGAUGCCCUAGGACUCUCAAACCACAAUGACUUUCGCCCUACACCGCCAUCCAGCGACGUCUUUAACCUCUCCUCCACCAUCUUGAACCUCCCCAACGGCGAACUCCGCGCUUUUACUUACCUCCUGCGUCUCUGGGAUCCUCGCACACCCUCAGACCCAGACUUCGACGCCGCCGUCGCCCCCUCGCGGCUGCAAUGUGAAGAAGCGCUCACGAAACAUUUUUUUCGACGGAUAGCGAUGUGGAACGCGAGUGAGGAGGUGUUGAUGGCGGCGAAACAGGAUAUGGCGAAGAGAUUCAAGAGGAAUGAGAGUGAGGAGAAGAACGGGCUAUGGAAACUUUGGUCAAAGGAGAAAGAGAGGCAUGAUAAUACGUGUAGAGACGCGCUGAAGGAGGUUACGACACGGGAAGGUCUGGCGCAGUUGUUGUGGACGUUGCUUCAUGAUGCGGGGAGGCCGUUGGCGCCAGGACUGGGGAGGGAAUGUAAGGAGGCUGUUAAGAAAAUGUAUGGGAUUGCGACUUGAGUGAUUGGAAAGUUUUGUGAUGUUUCUUUGACUGUUCGCUUUAGCGCGUUUUUGCAGCAUGAACGGAUAGGCAGUCGGUCAUCUCAGUCAUAAGGUGAAUGGAAGAAACCGCUGAAACCAUCCAAGCUGCAUUGACGUCGAUCUCGAAAAUCACUCCUUCUGUUGUAAGGGUUUUGUC